GCUUCACAUCUCACUUCGUUUGACAAGUUGUCAAAUCCCUUCACAGUUCUACCAACAUUCCACAUCAAAAAUGUGAAGUUUCCUCUUUCCGGCUUACGCCAUUGUCAAACACAGACGUGUAAAAUAUAAAUAACGGCACCAUGUCUGAAGUGGAAGCGUUCGAUAACUUCGAGGAGGAACAGCCCCAGGUCUUCGAUCAGGCCCCGGUGGUGCAGCCAGCGGAACUUCCGGACAUUAAGCUGUUCGGUCGCUGGAGCAGCGACGAUAUCCACAUUUCGGAUAUUUCCGUGUCGGACUACAUCGCCGUCAAGGAAAAGCACGCCAAAUAUCUGCCCCAUUCGGCUGGCCGUUAUGCCGCCAAGCGUUUCCGCAAGGCCCAGUGCCCGAUCGUGGAACGCUUGACCAACUCGCUGAUGAUGAAGGGCCGCAACAACGGCAAGAAGCUGAAGGCCGUCCGCAUCGUGCGCCACGCGUUCGAGAUCAUGCACCUGCUGACCGGGGAGAACCCGCUGCAGAUCGUGGUUCAGGCCAUCAUCAACUCCGGACCACGUGAAGACUCGACCCGUAUCGGCCGUGCCGGUACCGUCCGUCGUCAAGCCGUCGACGUGUCGCCGCUCCGUCGUGUCAACCAGGCUAUCUGGCUGCUGUGUACUGGUGCCCGCGAAGCUGCAUUCCGUAACAUCAAGACCAUCGCUGAAUGUUUGGCUGAUGAGCUGAUCAACGCUGCUAAGGGUUCCUCCAACUCGUACGCCAUCAAGAAGAAGGAUGAAUUGGAACGUGUCGCCAAGUCUAACCGAUAAGGUGGAUCUAUGUAAAAGAUCUUAGAUCGAAAUAAUAAAACGUCUCGUUGUUACUAUCCUAUGCAGACAAAA